UCUUUGCGCCAUGUGAAGCAGGCGACAUUUGCCGCCAGUUUUUAGUAUAAAUUGCCAGAACGCCAUCGAAACGUUUGCAGUUGUUGUUUCUUCUUCUAGUGCGCCUCGUCGUUGUGCUCCCAUCCAAAAGUCGGUUAGCCACAUUCCAAGUGGUGUUCGGUGCUUGGAUCAGUUAAAGGACAGACAAGUGGAGAAACGCGCUAGGACAUCGACGCGCUGCAAUGCUAAAGAUAUUUCUGCUGAGCGCUGCGCUGGGCAUUGCCUGCGCUGGCGUUAUAGGACCUGGGCCGUACUAUGGCGGUCCAGCGGGACCCUUGCACACCUAUGCGGGCUAUGGGCCACACCACGGGCCCCCGCAAUACGCGGCACCAGCACCCAAGCCCGUGGCACCGGAACCGUACGAUGCUGAUCCGAAGUACUCUUUUGGAUACGACAUACAGGAUGGCUAUACGGGCGACCUGAAGAGCCAGCAUGAGACACGCCACGGCGAUGUGGUCAAGGGCAGCUACUCGGUUGUGGACCCCGACGGCACCAAGCGCACCGUUGACUACACAGCUGAUCCGCAUCAUGGCUUCAAUGCGGUGGUGCGUAAGGAGCCCCUGGCCUACAAGCCACUGGCACCGCCCGCACCCGCACCACAUGCGCUGCUGCCUGGACCUGCGCCUGCGCCACCUUUGCCGCCAGUGCCCAAGGCCUCGCUGCCUUUACUCUCGUAUCCCUUUGCUUUGACCGCCUUGCAUCGUGCUGGCCCGGGACCCGCUCCAGCACCAGCACCAGCACUAGCACCGGCUCCUGCUCCCGCACCUGCACCUGCACCCGUACCCGUGGCUCCCGCUCACCUGCCCACCGCACACUUCCAAGCCGCCUAUCCAGCUCUAGCCCACUCGCCGUACGCCCACUACCCAGCCCCUGCCGGCGAUCCUCACGCCUACUAUCACCACUGAGUUCGAUAAGCCUUUGGCACCUUGAAGGCGAUCUGGCACCUCAUCUCUCUCUCUGCUCUGUGCUUUGCCUUG